GGGUCGGUAGGAACGCCGAAUGUUUUUAUCAGAUUCUAGAUGUUAUCGGCAAAGUUCAGCAACGGGCCACGAAACGGGACAUACAUCUGGGACGAUGGAACAAAACUAUUAAAUGCUUUCAUUUAAAACUAUGCUCUAACAAUCUCGUAUUAGCUAUAUACGUUAAAAAUCCGUAUUUGACAUACCUUGUGAAUUUUCACCCUUACUGUUGUCGGUGUUGAGGCUGUAAAAAAAGAUGUUUUGACUAGUGUUAACCUGUAUCGGGAUCUGUAUACACUGUCUGCAUGGCCUACCCAACCAGCAGAAGAUAAAUUGGCAUACGUAUAAAUUUACUAUAGAUAUCUUACGACCCCUCCACUUGAGCCAAGUGGUGGUCCCCAUUCCACUAGGCCAUUCUUCUCUUUUAUGUAAUUUCAACUUGACAUAUAUUUGGUUGCUGGCAGUGUAGAAUACUUUGGUAGCCCCUGCUGUCGAUAGUUAGCUCGCCCGGGGCUGCCAUAGUAUGACAGGCCGUUCAUUAUACCGACCCGUUGUAACGUAGGUUUUGAUUGACAGAUUUAGAAGUAGUAGCCACGAGUAGAGACAGCUUAGUUGCUAAACUAGGCGAGUGUUGACGCUGUACUGCCGAAACGUUUACCAACUUUGACAGUUCGACGUCUCUUUGACAGGGCUACAGAUCUGUUUAUACGGAAGGGGACACUACCAGAGAGGACCACGGAGUAUCAAUUGGGCCGAAGCGGGAUCUUGUAGGGGCCGAAAGGGCCGGAGCUACAUGAACACGGCCCAUGGCUCAGCGAUACGAAAAUGACAUCCCAGCACAUUACCCAGGCUCAAUUGCGGGUAUGGAUGGCAUGUACGAAUCGCAUAGGACUUUACCAAACCACCCGGCCCUCCACCAGAGCAAUCUUACACCUGGUAUGCACCAAUACCCACCCUACACGUCCAGUAGCUCAAUGCCGGGGGUCAGUUCAUCCCAGGACAGUCAGUUAAAGCGGGAUAAAGAUUCGAUUUAUGGACACCCGCUGUUUCCAUUAUUAGCACUUAUAUUUGAAAAAUGUGAACUAGCUACAUGUACGCCACGGGAACCCGGGGUGGCUGGAGGGGACGUCUGUUCGUCCGAGUCAUUCAACGAAGAUAUAGCAGUGUUUAGUAAACAAGUUUUAGCACGGUCGGAAAAACCGUUAUUCUCCGCAAAUCAUGAAUUAGACAGUGUGAUGAUACAAGCCAUACAAGUUCUUCGAUUUCAUUUAUUGGAGCUUGAAAAGGUCCAUGAACUUUGUGAUAACUUCUGUCACAGAUAUAUAAGUUGUUUAAAAGGAAAAAUGCCAAUAGAUUUAGUGAUAGAUGAUAGAGAAGGAGGGAGUACGACAUCCAAAUCUAGUUCGGACAACCCUCCGGAUCCUAAUGAUGUUGUCGACCAAAGGCCGCCCUCUCAAUGUUUGAACUUUAGCCAGCAAGACGACACCCAAUCCUCGCGUUCGGGAGACACACCCAUCACCACUAGUCAGUCAAAUACGAAUUCUUCACAACAUGCAGACAAUAAUAGUGAAAUAGGUGACGGGUUGGAUAAUAGCGUAGGAUCAGGGGAGGGAACUGCUGACGAGGAUGCUGACGGAGACCGAUCAAACUCAAAACGACAGAAAAAAAGGGGAAUAUUUCCAAAAGUAGCAACAAAUAUCAUGCGAGCAUGGUUAUUUCAACAUUUAACGCAUCCAUACCCAUCAGAGGAACAAAAGAAACAGUUAGCUCAAGAUACCGGACUAACAAUAUUACAAGUCAACAACUGGUUUAUUAAUGCAAGGCGAAGAAUUGUUCAACCCAUGAUUGACCAAUCAAAUCGAGCAGCGCCAGGUAGUCAUGGUUACAGUCCGGAUGGAGGUAUGGGCUGGCCCGACAAUCAGCCCAUGGCCCACAUGGGGCCUCAUAUGCUCCAAGGCCGACCAGGCAGUGACAUGUACGACCCUAUGAAAGCAGGCUACCCUCACAUGGACGGUUCGCAGCGCUAUGACAUGUUGGGUGUUCAGGGUAUGCACGGAGGAGACAUGUACGGAGCGCCCCCUGUUACCGGAAGUAGUUCCUACUCACAAAUGUCACAGUUGCGUCCCCCUGUUCAUUCACAGGCCAUGCUAAUUCCUGGACAUCCGCAUCAUAUGAUGAUGGGCCACGGAGCUCCCGGAAUGAGCCCCCAUGGUAUGUCUAUGGGCUCGGCCCAGAGCCCACCUCUUCAUAGCAGCAUGGAAAGCAUGGGCGGACAUAUACAGGAUAUACACGCAGGGUAGACGAUGCCAUGGUGUGGUUAAAAUUGUGCGUCGUGCCAGGCUGGCAUUUCUGUCGCCAUACACCGUUGUAUUGUGGUUGUCAAGACAACAAGGACAAACUUGUGUGCGUUGGAGCGUGGCCCUGAGGUUUGACUUGGACGAAAAGGCCAGUGUUAUUUUUAGUAGUUGUGAACUACUCUAUCAGUGAUACGCUUAUUGGCUGUGGUUAUCGGAACGGGACGAACAGACAGAAUCGGACCAGGUCCGUUAUCGGGGAUAUAAUUCCGGGCAAUGUGAGACGGUGUUCUGUCCAGUGUUGUUGUGAGGAUAAGGAAAAUAAACUACAAGCCAAAUGACGGUCUUAACUUGGUCAAAUCAGCCUAUAGCUAGUCAGUGUCGCGUCCUUGUGACAGAGGAGGAUGGACAGACAGUUGCGAUUGGUCUGGCCAGCCAACAGGCUGGUCGUCAAGACAUGGAGGGAGUGAAAAGGGCCAACUUGCCUCAGGUCGAACUUCUGAUAUACUAGUCUUUAUAGAUGUUAAAUGUAUGGGGAUUGGGGAAAAAAAACACAAACAUGAUGAUAGUAUUAUCCUGUUCAGGACGAUAGCCACACGAGACUUGUUCAAGUAUUAGUAUUUAUGAGACUCUCACAAGUGUCGUGUAGUUUUAGCAAGUCGGAUUGAGUGGUCACACUUUUGAAAUACCUCGUACUGCCAGGAUCGUACCGAUAGUUAUGAUCACAGACAUAGAUGUGUUUUUUUGCAAGCAUUCCACUUAUAAAUUUAAAAAAAAUAUAUUUCAAUUUUUUUUUUUUUUUCUAGAUCUACAAUUGAUUUAUGUAUGUUCUGCGAUCCUAUUUCCCCAGUUUUGCGCCUCCUCAUUUUAUUAUCAUUAUAAAUAUAUAUGUUUUUUUAUAAGUAUUGAGAUAGUAAUGUCACAAUAUUUGUUAUGAGAAGUAACAUAAUAUUAAAUCAAUGUCAUUGUCAGUAUUAAAUAUGAUCUGUAGAGGAGAAGCAAGACUGGGGAGGUCGUCAGAAAGCUCAUAUAUAUACGCAAACGUCGACGGCACCAAUUGGCGGCGCCAUUCGACAACAGCGGGAUAAACUUUUCCAGGGCUGGCAACUUUUUCCUGUUUGCCUUCUCCGACACUCAUUUAUUUAUCAGCAAAAUCACAAGGUCAAAUGCCGACCUGCAACGUCAGUGGGAUGGUUUCCCAAGGUCAUGGGUACUUUUCAAGGUCACUGAUCAUGAGAAUUCAUUCUCACGAGUGUCUUAAGGUCAGUAGAUGACGGUUUGUGAUUUGCUGCUGAAAAAACUAUAUAUAGAUACGUACAUGACCAAAACUGGCCAAUCAGAUUUGAGCUUUAAAGUUACCUCAGACAUUUUUUUUGUUGUAAAAUGCCAUUUGUGAAAGAAUGGUAGUAAUAAUGGUGCAUGUUGGAACAGGAGAAUUUGGUGCAUUAUAUUGUGUAUAUUAGAAUGAGAGGUGCAUUUGUGCUUGGUGUCGAGAGAGCGUGUGAGCAAGCGAGAAACGGAGGACGAAUGACGGCAGGAUUUUAUUGUAUGAUGAAGACCUUGAUUUGUUUGAUUUGUAACGUCUGAUGUGGUUGAAAGCCAAGCUGAAUUGCUAUAUAUCUAAAGCAAUAAAAAUAUCGGUGUGAUUUUUGAUAUUUUGUUUCGUGAAAUAUAUUUAAUUCUGGUUUAUUUUUUUGGUUUAUUUUCUUUGUUGCUAGAGAUAAUGAUUUUUGUUCAUGAUACAAACUUGGCAUUUUACCCUGCUUUUUUUAGUAAGGACUACUGGCUGGGAUUGACCUAUUGAAGCAUAAUAUCGUAUGUACAAAUGACUUUUAAGUGUAGUUGUCAUAAUUUUGGUGGAUCUUGAACAAUAUUGACAAUAAUGAGAUCGGUUUAUUUUUAUUUUGUAGCGGUUCAUAUCUGUAUUUGAUAAAAAUAAAAUUUCUUCCGAAAUGAUUGCAAGAAAGAAUUUAUUCGUGUUAUUCUCUCUUAAUAAUAAUCAACCUGUUGUAAGCAAUCACACUUUUCUGACAUUUUCCUACAAAACAGAAGGACGUAGUGCAGGUGCCAGUGUGUAUUAUGAAUGUGAAAUGCUGAGAAUGGCAUCAAGCGUUUUCUAUUGAUUUGUUUUGCAUGUCAAGUGUUAUCUGUUUUUUGUGGAACCUCGUUAAGUCAGGUGAGACAAAUGAACUGUAUUAGCCGAUCAAUCGUAUUCAAGUUCUUAAAAAAUUAUUAUAUCUAUUAUAUAGAUCUCAACACAGCCCCCUAUAGAAAUAGCAUUUAACCAAAAAUGAAAUUUUGACGAAUACUUUUAAAAUAGUUUCAGCAGUAUUAAGGUUGACAAAUUCAAUAAUUAAGUGCUGAAUUUUUUAACUCGUAAUCAGAAAUUGAUAAGUGCUUUCUGAUAUCUUUUUUUUUUAAAUCGAUUGUUGGAACAUUUUUUUUACAUGAUCUGUUGUUUUCCAAGUGCUAUUGGUGCAAAAUUCAAGUUUAUUGGAAAGAUUACCUUCUUGAAAUAAUACUGAACAAAUAAUUUUUUGUAUUUUAAAAUUGUUUGAUUUUAGCUCCAAAUGCUUUUUAACUUGUUUCCUUUCCAUAUUUGCAAACAAAAAUCAAUUUAUUCUGAUAAUUUGUAUAACAAUUUUGAUUUUAAACCUGCAAUUUUACACCUUUUUUGACAUGGAGGUAAUUUAUCAAGCCAUUGUAUAUUACAAUGUUAUUUUACUUUUCAACAGUAAAGACAAUCACAGUUAAUUUCACCAAAACUUGAUAGUGUAUGGUAUGCUUGAUUGAGAGUGAGUGAAUCUGUAGAAAUGGGUGUGGCCAGUGGGCGUGGCUGUGAGUGAGGGGCGUGGCCUCAGGAGAGGGGUGGAAUAAAUGUUAGUAUGUUUGUUAGAGAGAUGAUAGGAGAAUGAUAGUCGCCAAGCUUGGAGCUUAGUUCUUUUGAAUUUAGGGAAUUUUAAUACGAGAUUGUCACAUAUUUUGAGUAAAAUUCCAGAGAAAUAAACUGUUGUAAUAAAAUAUU